ACUUCAUUCUACCGGAAGUACACGGCAGUCAUGUUUUGUAAAUAAACUGUUCGACUUUUACAUUUAUUUGUAGUCUUAUGGCAUUCGGUUUAGAAAAUAUACGAUUGUAAUUUGUACAUACUGAAGUGCUCGAUUAAUCUGGUAACGUAUUCGUUUAGGAAUUUGUAUUUGCAUAUAUAAACUUUGGUUAGUUAGGCACCACUCAAUUGGUAACAUUACUGCCCUUUAACCUCCAUAAUGUGGGAUGUUGAGAUCAGGGGCAUGGCAUCAGCUCAUGCCAUUAUUGCCUCCUCCAUCUUCAUGGCAACUGUGAUGCCUGCUGUGUUUGUGGAAAACUUCUCUGUUUAUGGGAGCCACAUGGUUUGGCUGUAUUGUGUGGCUGGAUCUGUUGCUGUGGUCAACAUCGCAGUGUUUUGGCUUCUUGGCAUCAGCCCACCGACAAAGAAGAACACGCUGAGCUACAAGAUCAACAGAUUGUUCAAAUCCUGUCUGUACUUUGUACUGUCAUGCCUCUUCUUUCAUACUGUGGUGGUACUAUACGGAGCACAUUUGCUUGAGUCAGCUCUGGAGACAUUUUCUCUGGCCGUGCUGCUGUCCACCCUCACUACACUGAGAUGUCUCUGUAUACUGGGUCCUAACGUUCAGGCUUGGAUCCGGGUUUUCAGCAGAGAUGGGGCGAUGUCAGUGUGGGACACCUCUCUUCAGAUUACCACUGGCUGUAGUGUGAUUGGGGCCUGGUUGGGAGCUUUCCCUAUUCCUCUCGACUGGGACAGACCCUGGCAGGUUUGGCCCAACUCCUGUACCCUUGGGGCAACUACUGGAUUUCUAACGGGCCUCCUCGCUGCUCCUGUCUGGAUACACUGGCAUCGCAAACAACUCACAUACAAGCUCAAGUGAGGAAAAGAAGGACACAAUCACAGGCCACAAGGAACUGAGAAAGAAAGAGAUCCAGACUGGAGUCAAAAAACGACUGUCCGUCCCAGUACAUGCUAAGAAAUGCUUCCUGACUCAGAUGUCCAGUUUAUGGUUUCUGUGUUUGUUUUUUUGUAGAAUAGAUAUUUAAUUUGUUGUUCGCUCCUAAUGGCAGUAUAUUUAUUCGAUCAUUCCUCUCGUUCUUCCUGUAAAUAAAGCUAGUACUGACUUGAGACAUUUUGUAAAAAGCAAGUAUUUUGCAACCUAAAUUGAGAUGCUGAAUUCCCCUUUUUGAAGAAAGUCUUACUUCUGUAAAUGACCGAUGGGUUUGGUUGUGCUGUUUCAUCUCUCAAAGGAACUCAUGCUUGCUGUGCCAGACACGUUGGAACUACAGUUUGAUUGUUUUUAGUCAUUAGAAAGGGUGUCUGUUCUCUGUGCUUGUAUGUUCAAUAAAUCAUUUUGUCCGUU